ACAUACAAAAGUAGCACAUGUUAGCUAGAUAAGUGGUCCAUUUUCAGGUCUUGUUAUCCAUCAAAAAUCGAGGUUUCUAUAUAUAAAUAAACACACACACACAUAUAUAUAUACACCAGUUGUAUCAAACGUUCAAAGCCAGAAAAUCCUAGUCUACUGUGAUCAAGUAAAGAUGAUGAAUUGGUCAGGCUUAUUAGUCUUCUUGGUUUUCUUAGGAGUAAUAGCAUCGGGUGAAGCACAGUUGCAGAUGAACUACUAUGCUAGGACUUGCCCAAAAGCUGAGAAGAUUGUCCAGGAUUUCAUCAACAAGCACAUUCAUAAUGCUCCAUCAUUGGCUGCACCGCUCAUCAGAAUGCAUUUCCAUGAUUGUUUUGUCAGAGGGUGUGAUGGAUCUGUGCUUAUAAACUCAACUUCAGGCAACGCAGAGAAGGAUGCUACACCAAAUUUGACACUUAGAGGGUUCAAUUUCAUUGAGAGUAUAAAGAGUUUGCUGGAAGCUGAAUGUCCUGGGGUUGUCUCCUGCGCAGAUAUAAUUGCUUUGGCCGCAAGAGAUUCCGUUGUACUCACUGGAGGACCGUCUUGGAGAGUUCCAACGGGAAGACGAGAUGGGUUGAUCUCAAAUUCCUCAGAAGCUUUAAAUGAUAUCCCAUCUCCAUUCAGCAACUUCACCACCCUGCAAAGACUCUUCGCCAAUCAAGGACUUGACCUCAAAGACUUGGUUUUACUUUCCGGUGCUCAUACAAUUGGAGUUUCUCAUUGCUCAUCGUUCAACAACCGGCUAUUUAACUUCACCGGAAGAGGCGAUCAAGACCCUGCUCUUGACAGCGAAUAUGCAGCCAAUCUAAAGGCCUUUAAGUGCAGAAGUUUGAGCCUUAGUGACAACAACACACUAGUGGAAAUGGACCCAGGAAGUCGGAAAACAUUCGAUCUCGGAUAUUACAAACAGGUGAUCAAGAGAAGAGGUCUAUUCCAAUCUGAUUCUGCUCUCACAACAUCCUCCACAACCCUCUCUUACAUUAACCAGCUGCUCAAGGGAUCUCUUCAAGACUUCUUUACAGAGUUUGCCAAGUCCAUGGAGAAAAUGGGAGGAGUCAAUGUCAAGACCGGAUCCGCCGGUGUCAUAAGGAAAAAAUGUUCAGUGGCCGCUGCCUAAAUCAACCCAACCACCCUCGUCCCCACAAAAAAAGAAAAAUUCAAUCUUGAUUUUAGUUUUCAGGGUGUUAAUUUAUGUAGUUGCAGGGGAUUUGUUGUGUAUUUGUAUGGGAUCAAUUCUUUUGAUGUGUUGUUUUCUUUGUUGUCAAUAUUUUUGAGCUUCCUUGUUUGCUGUUUGCUUUCAA